AGCAAACGUUAACAAAGCUAGCUGAUUGACUUAGGUAGGAAGCUAGCAUUAGCAAAGCUAACAUUAGCCAACAAUCGUGAAGGAGCGAACCUCUCAUGAGCGUGUUGUUCAGGACAAAUGCCAACACCUCUGGGUUAUUUUGCCUAGUGAGACCAGCAAAAGUGAACCGCAUCAAAUGAAAGGUGGUGGAAGUGGAACUUGACCCAUCCAACUGAGUCACCAUUUUCCUGCACAUAAUGGGUUUGAUGGCUCCACUGUAUGCAUGACUUGUUUCGUGCAGCCUGAUGGGAGGACACUGUGGAUAGUACUUUCAUCAGGAUACCAGGAGAGCAACCCAUGCCCCCACAUUGGAGGGCCUGUCAGAAUGAAGAAGAUAAGCCUUAAGACCAUCCGCAAGUCCCUCAGCAUAAAGGGCAAAGAGGAGGGUGACUUUGUCAUGCUCCAGCAGCCCUCGGUGACUACAGAGUUUUCUAAGGAAGAGUCACUUUUUGGGGGCUGCUACACCAAAGAGCUCUCUGGCUGUGACCUUGGUGGUGAGGAGGACAAAGGAGGCCAGAAUAAGGGCCGCUCAAAGAGCGAGAGCCUGAUGGGAUCGCUAAAGAGGAGACUGUCUGCCAAGCAGAAGGCGAAAGUGAAAGGCAGCUCCUCUGCCAUCGGCUCUGUGGAUGAUGAUGACACCUUCUCAUCCUCGUCUGUGCCCAUCAGCUUCAAUGAGGUGAAAGCCCAGAGACCCCUCAGAUCUGCAUCCCUGCGGAGUCACCAUUAUAGCCCCUCGCCAUGGCCUCUGCGGUCAGUAAACUCUGACGAGGCGUGUAUCAAGAUGGAGGUAAAAGUUAAGGCCAUGGUUCACUCUCCCAGCCCUAGUCCAAACUUAAACGGCGUCCGGAAAGAAUUUCAUGAUUUCCAAAUGGAAGGGCUCUUUCAGGACCAAGCAGAAUCCUUAAAGAAUCUCCAGCAGCCACAAAACGGGGAGCUGCAUCUAAAUAUUGAUGACAAUGACGUGCCUGUGGUGCUGGGGUUGACUCCCCAGGACUACAUCCAGUACACAAUGCCUUUAGAUGAGGGAAUGUACCCAGAAGGGUCCCACUCCUUCUGCCUGGACAGCUCCUCUCCCAUGGAGGUGGUGACUGAAGCAGACAGUCGGUCCCUCCACGCAGACCAGGGUCAGGAGGAACAUGAACUGGUUAGUGGGAUGCCUCCGGAUCUCUUCAUGGAAACCUCAGUUAAUAGUCUUCUUAUCGGUUCCGCUGGUGUGAUGCUCCAAAGCUCUCGAGUAGAGGUCCCACCUCCACUCUCUCCACUCCUGCCGCCCAUGAUGAGUAACGGACAUAUUCCAAGGACUUUUUCAGGGUUCAGCUCAACGGACAGCCAGGUAGCUGAGAGGGUAAGACACCACCUCAACUUUGACCCGAAUUCUGCUCCCGGGGUCAGUCGGGUGUACGACUCAGUCCAGAGCAGCGGGCCCAUGGUUGUCACCAGUCUGACAGAGGAGCUGAAGAAGCUGGCGAGGCAGGGCUGGUACUGGGGCCCCAUCACACGCUGGGAGGCCGAGGAAAAGCUGGUCAAUUUAGCCGAUGGCUCAUUCCUGGUGAGAGACAGCUCGGACGACAGGUACCUGCUCAGCCUGAGUUUCAGGUCACAGGGCAAAACUCUCCACACUCGCAUCGAACACUCCAAUGGACGCUUCAGCUUCUAUGAGCAGCCUGAUGUGGAGGGACACACGUCCAUCGUUGACUUAAUUGAACACUCUAUCAAAGACUCUGAGAAUGGAGCUUUUUGCUAUUCCAGGUCUCGCUUACCAGGGUCUGCAACCUACCCCGUCAGACUAACCAACCCAGUAUCUCGGUUUAUGCAAGUGCGCUCCCUGCAGUAUCUUUGUCGCUUUGUCAUCAGACAAUACACAAGGAUAGACCUGAUCCAGAAACUGCCCUUACCUAACAAGAUGAAAGAUUAUCUGCAGGAGAAGCACUACUGAGGACACAGAGAUAGGACAGUGGUAGCAAUUUGCACUUUUGUGUUCAGUUAAGAGAUUUAAAACAAGGUUUACAGACAACCACAGUUUUGAGAUGAUCGGUUCUGGUGGCUCUUGAUUUGUGUCCAGGUGACUCUGUCACCGUUUAGUCCUCCAUUCCACUGUUCUGGGUUUUUCUGCUCAUUUUAGGAGGCUCUACUUCCGGAAACGUAGUCCAGCACAUAAUCUAUUGCAAAAAUUGUAGAAGAGGUAUUCAACCAAGUUGUCUUAGUUGCAUGCAAUAAGUGCAGACAUUAGACAUGUUUUGGGAUGUAUUGUAUGGUUAAAUGUAACAUCCAGCUGUGCAAGUAGAGCAGGUUUAAAAGUUGGGUCUGUAGAAAAAUAAAAUUCCACUUUGAAUUUUAUAAAACGUUUAAUUUUUAUCCUCCAAAUUGUACAUGUCAAAAAUGGAUAAGUGUUGCUACGAUGAAGCUUUUAAAUCAAAUGUUAACCUUCCUGCAGACUGACCAAUUUUGAUCAUCUUUUGCAUUUUAUUACCUGUCAGAUUGUGCAGUGUUACAAUCUUUUUCAGCAUGACCAGACUGAGAAGUAGAACUUGCUGCAUCUAUACUAUGCAAAUAGAUAAAAAAUGGCAAGGCUAGGCGUCAUUGUAUAACAACUGAUGAUGGCCGACUCGUGAUUUUCAUGUUAAUCAGAUUUUUGCUAAUUUACAAUUAAACAACUUGUCUGGUGGAUGCAGUUUUCUUCCUCAGGUAUUAUCAUGGCAUGUUGCAGCUACAAAUACAUCUGUGCUUCACUGCACUGACACUGGUGCAGGCUUUAUUUUUGUGGUUCAUGCUUCCUACUUUCAGAUUUUAAUCAGGGAUGGAAAUUAGCACCAGCUUAAUGCUGAUAAAAUGUGCAAGUGGCUGCUUCAUUUGCUUCACCCACAAGCCAAAAAACAAUAGGAUUCUGUUGAGUGUGUGGUAGAAUUUGAAAUCCACCAGCCACGGUGGCAAGGGAACAUAAAAGUUCAUUUUCAACCUUUUAUAGAUGUGGAUACCUAUCACCCAAACAAAAGUUCAAACACUAACAAUAGCAUCAUAUCAAUAGCAAAACUCACAACAUUGUAUAAAUGACAACGGUUUACCAGGUCCAUAGCAGUAACAUUUUGUUGCAAAAGAUGUCCAAAAUGUGCCAGUCUGUGAGAAGCUCUAAACAGUUUGGUCACUCAGAGAGGUAACUUUAAAUUGUAUGGCUGCAUGUAGCCAUUAUAUAUAAUCUGCAAGCCUGAAGGUACUGACAAUGCUGGAUUUUAACAUGCUGUUUGUAGAAACGGCAUCAAGUUGAUGUAUAAACCUUUUCAAAUAUGUUAGCAUUAAAUUGAAAUCUUUCUGCAUUAGGAAUGUUACAAAACUGCACUGCAGCUCAGCCCUAACAACAUUGUCACUAUGCUUGUAUCUGCAUGUAAAGGCUUUAUGACAGUUAAUUAAGGGCACUGUAGAGUUACACUAAAUGUGAGAGGAAGUCACGGUAAAAAGGUGAAAGAGCUUUGCUGUGUUGUUUAAGCGCAACUCUGAGUAAAAAGCUGUUUAAUGCAAUUGCAUUUACCUUAGGCUGUUAAUAAGUAAAGAAAACUGCCCUCAGUUAGCCUACAACUGAUAAACAGACCUCUAGUCAAUUGACCUGAAUCUGUAAGUGAUGAUGGCUGGUUCUUAGUCUCGUAAUGCCAGCGAUGAGCUGGACCCAGAUCAAAAGAAUCCCAGAAAUGGUGCAAGCUUAGGUUAAAGGAUUUGGGAAAGCCAGGGUUAAGUCCUCCUCGCCAUCCUGGAGUGAUGCCAGGGUUUCAGCGUACGACAAAAGUUCCACCACAGCUGCAUGGCAUCACUAGUGUCAUAUGGGUUUCAAGGACAUAAAAAAAAAGAAGCAUCCAGUUUUUGCCAUUGCUUAUUUACAUAUUGCCCACAGAGCUGCAUUACCCCACAGAUUGUCUCUACUUGGCUGUUUGUGCCAGAGUAAAGGGAAGAGCACACAGUAUGCUACGCAAGUGCUUUAUAUGGAUACUUUGACAGGGAAUUGUGUUUUCACACUAUGAAUGAGCAUCUUUUUUGACAUCAGUGUCCUUAAAAGUAUUUGGAAAAUGGUCUCUCGGACAACUUCAGUAGGUCGUUAGAGUAUAGUUCUAGUUUUAGUUAGCUGGGAAAUGUCAGUGUCUGAGGAAGUUACCAUGAAUCUAGCACAGCAGAAAUUAGAUAGGAACUUUGAAUGGUGUUGCAUGUUUAAAGACUUAGCAUUUUAAAGCUUUGAGUUGUAUAGGAAUGAAGGAUCUAGGCUGUGUGUUUGGCUGUGUAGAGGGAUGUUUUUCUGUCACAAACAUUGGCUGGACAUUCUGUGUACAAGAAAUGUAUUUUUCUUUUUAGAAUCCUUGUGUGAGUUUUUUUGUGACAUUUGCCAUCUGGGGGAUUGGGCUGUACAAAAGGAAUGUACGCUUGUUUGAGGUAUCCGUUUUAUCUGCCUGCAGACCAGUUUCAGAAAGCAUGAGAAUCAUAAAAAAAAAAAAGAACAACAUUGUCACAUUUUUUGCACUUGAAUAUUCUCCAUUGACAUGCUUGGAUCCUCUCCUGCCUAGAGUUGUCCUUCAGAUGGCGUUUUUUUUUUUUAGAAAAAGCAUUAAAGUCACACAUUUGUCUUUAUGUGUUCAUAUAACUGUUUAGAUUAAAAUUUUGUUUUUGUCAUAUGUGUGGGAUAUAAAGGGUAAGGCACCAGCAUCAUAUCAAAGCCUCUGCUAAUGCUCAAGAAAUGGGAUCAUGGCAAGAACGUGGAUGUAAAUUCGACUUUUUUUUUUUUUUUUGGGAUGUGUGUGUAUGUGUUUCAGUUGAAAUGUGAAAGUAAAAUGUUAGUCUUUUUAAUACAAUGUUCUUUUAAUGGUAUUUUCCAUUUUAAUUUGCAAUUUGUCAUCAGAUUUUGACAAGCAGGAACCAGUUUCAUAUGGUUUCGCUGCUGUGACUUUUCUAAAUACUUACUUAGUUUAUUAUUAAGCAUUAUUGCCUUCAAUGUUUGAUUCCAGAGGUUGAUGCUUGUUCAGACUGCUGAAGCAUUUUGAAUUCAUAACAGCUGUUUAGCACUUAACAAGCUCCAACGUAUUUUUUUUGUGCAUCUCCGUGAGUGAAGGUGAUUGUUUACAACACUAUGUUUCAAAAAAAGCCCCUCCCUUCCUUUUUUGUUCACCCUCUCUCACAUGAACUUGGUACAAUUUAAAAACUCAUUUAUUUCAUUUUAAUGUGUUAUACACAUUUGUGCUGCUUAUGGAUAUGAUUGCCUUUCUUGUAUUUAACAACGGGGAAAUAGAAUGUCACCAAUGUAGAUGUAUGUACACAUAAUGACUUUGGUUAUCAUCUUGGGAGAGCAAAGCAGAUUUGCAAUUUGUUAACAACUGUAGUCAGUUAAAAGAGCAUUAGUAGCGAUUAGUAAACCCUCUGUAGAGAAACCAGUUCACUCCAGUUUACAUUGGUUGUCAACUUUCCAAAGUAGAUGGUCUUUUUGUAUUUUUCUUUUGGAAAAAAUCAACAGUGAUUUAUUGCACACUUUGGAUACAGUUCAAGAGUUUUUUGUAUCUGCCAAUUAUAAAUUAUAAAUAAAAAAACUAUAUUCUAAAAAAAAAAAAAA